CUCUUCCAGAGUAAGAGCAGUAUUGGGAUGAAUAGUAAAUCGUACUAAUCAAUUAACACUUUGAUAGUUUCAAAGCACAUUCCUGUAAGCUACAUGCAUGCAAUAUUAUCAAACCACAAAAGGGAAGAUUUGUGUAUUGGUUUUUCACCUUUGACAUAUCUAAAUCGUGACAAAAGAGCAGCAUGAAUGCAGGUCUAAGAAAAGCAAUUCAUCCUUUGGCAAGAAUAAUCAAUAAGUCAACUAAAUUGACAUAAAAUAAUGGUCUAUUUUUUGCUUUUAAGAAAAUCCAUACAAAUGAAUGCAAAAUGUUAUCUUAGUUUACAUUGAAAGUUCUGUAAUUUUCUCCUUUGUUUCCAAACGGCAUUUGCACCUUACUGGCUUACAACAGACAAGUGUGUUGUGGAUGCACAUUUUGAAACUAUCAAUUUAUCAAAUACAAUUCAUACGGACACAAUGAGACUUCAACAACCCAUUUACAAACUGGUCAAAGCCCAGUUGCAGAAUGGAUACAAAGCCAUCAAGUAGAACAAUGAUAAACAGGAAAUGUAUUACUCAGAAAAUGACUGUCAUACAUGUGGACAAAUGAGAACGCUGAGCAUAUUCAAGGUAGCCAAUUGCGUGUGAGAAGGACGGAGGGAUUUCCUGUACAUGACGCAAAAUUCUCAGUCAAUCUUUCAGGCCCCACCCUUUGUGUUCCCCAUACCGUCAAUCAAAAUAGAAAAAAAUAUACUGGAAUUACCGAUUGCAGCCCAACGUCGACUAAUAUAAUCAUGUCUGGAAUGUGAUAAUACAGAGUUUCUCCGAAUUAAAAAAAGCACGCAAUGACUGCCCCAGAACAGCCAGUGAAACAAGAGGAAAUGGCUGCCUUGGAGGUGGACAGCAGUCAAUGCGACUUUCUGCAGCAGGACGAUGGCAGAGGAGAUCAGGACAUUCAGCCGUCACCGCUCGAUAUGCUGGCAGCUACCUGCAGCGAGAUCGGGGAUAAAGAGGGGGAUAAAGGUGCUGCCGCUGUUGUGACAACAGACCUCACAUCCAUACAGUUAACAGGAAGAGACAGAUGGGAAGUCUUAACCACCACGUCAGGAGCAAAGGACGAGUCUGGUAUGAUGCAAGUCUCCAGCCAGGGCAUCGUGACGUCCAACGGACAGUACGUCCUUCCUCUCCAGAACCUCCAGAGCCAGCCCAUUUUCGUGACGUCGGGCUCCGACGCCUCCUCCGCCAACACAGUGCCUAACAUCCAGUACCAGGUGAUUCCUCAGCUCCAGACUUCGGACGGACAGCUGAGCUUCUCCACGGCGACCGUGGACGGGUCCGCCCUGAGCGCGGACGCCACGGGCCAGAUCCAGAUCUUGUCGGACGGUAGCCAGAGCCUGGGCGUGACCUCGGCGGAGGACAUCCUGUCGAACAACCACAACCUCAUGUCCCAAACGGGUCACGUCCAGCAGAUCCAGGGAGUGUCUAUUAGCGGCUCGGCCUUCAACAACCAGGGUCAGGUUGUCACAAAUGUGCCUGUGGGGUUGCCGGGGAACAUAACCUUUGUGCCCAUCAACAGUGUGGACUUGGACUCUCUAGGCCUUUCCGGGGCUCAGACUAUAGCGACUGGCGUCACCUCCGAUGGGCAGCUCAUCAUGGCCGGCCAGCCUCUAGACGGGUCAGAGGGGCUGGACAAAACGGGCGAGCCCCUCUCGGGGAGCGAGUCCAACCCGGACAUGUACGUGCCAUCGUCCUCCUCCCAGUUGCCCGACGCCAUCAGUGACGCGGGCGGGCUGACCCAAGACGAGCAGGCGGACCCUGGCUCGGCCCUCCAGGACGGCUUCCUGCAGCAGAACCAGGUCCACAGCCUCCAGGUGUCCUCGGGCCAGCCCAUCCUCCAGCUACAGCAGGUGCCUGUCCAGACCAGCGACGGCCAGGUGGUGCAGUCGGUGGUGGCCGGGGAACAGACCCUGCAGAAUGUCCAGCUGAUCAACCCCGGCACCUUCAUCAUCCAGGCCCAGACAGUCACCCCCACGGGGCAGAUCCAGUGGCAGACCUUCCAGGUGCAGGGCGUGCAGAACCUGCAGAACCUCCAGCUGCCCACCACCCCGCCCCAGCAGAUCACGCUGGCGCCCGUCCAGACCCUGUCCCUGGGCCAGGGGGGGGCGCUGGGCGCGGGCCAGGUCAGCAUCAGCACGGGGCAGAUCCCUAACCUGCAGACAGUGACGGUCAACUCCAUAGCCCAGUUACAGGAGGGCGACAUGGACAGCCCUGGAGACAUCCAGAUAAAGGAGGAGCCGAACGCAGAGGACUGGCAGCUGGGCAGCGACUCCACCCUGAACACCAGCGACCUGUCCCACCUGCGUGUCCGGCUGGUGGACGAGGACGAACAGGUGGGCCAGGAAGGGAAGAGGCUGCGCCGGGUGGCCUGCACCUGCCCCAACUGCAAAGAGUCGGGCGGGAGGGGAUCCAACAUGGGGAAGAAGAAGCAGCACAUCUGCCACAUCCAGGGCUGCGGGAAGGUGUACGGCAAGACGUCGCACCUGCGGGCCCACCUGCGCUGGCACUCUGGGGAGAGGCCGUUCGUCUGCAGCUGGAUGUUCUGCGGGAAGAGGUUCACGCGCUCCGACGAGCUGCAGAGACACAGGAGAACCCACACAGGAGAAAAGAAGUUUGUCUGUCCGGAAUGUUCCAAGCGCUUCAUGCGGAGCGACCACUUGGCGAAGCACAUUAAGACUCACCAGAACAAGAAAGGUGUGAACACUGGCAGCGCGGCGGCAGCGGCGUCGGUGGACUCUGCGGGCUCCUCCGACAGCCUGAUCACGGCGGGCGGCACCACGCUCAUCCUCACCAACAUCCAGCAGGGCUCCAACAACGCCCAGGACAUCCUAUCCAGCGCAGAGAUCCCCCUCCAGCUUGUCACCGUAGCAGCCAGCGAAGUCAUGGAGUAGCUGGCCGUUCUCUCAUGAACUUCUACAAGCCUCAUAAACUCCCACUUGUUUUUUUGUUUCUUUUUUUAUUAUUCACACAUGAAUGAAUAUAUAUAAAUAUAUAUUAUAUUUUAACAAGGACAGUCUGUUCGUGUUCAAUAGCAGUCUUUUUACCGUUGGAGGAGGGUAAACUAGCAGAAGUGGUUCCAAAAUACUCAAACAGAAAAUGCCUUAUUUUGUAUCAUAUGUCGUCUGAAGGUGGGAUGUUUGAAUUUAUAAGUUGAAAUGUUUGUUAAAAGAAUGGUACAUCAACGAAGCAAUUGUCUAUUGCCAGGCUAAUGCCCUUAUCGAUGUGUGUUCUAAUGAUGGCUAGUCAUGGUCAGGUCUUUGUCGGUUUGUUUUUGCUUCAAGUCCAGAUGUGUCUUCAUGUAAAUGUUUGAAUGUCGUUAUACACCUGUUGUGUUAUGCAUUUAUGGUUAUUAAGUGUCUUCCUCCUAUCCAUAUUGUAUAUGUGCUUGCCUAAACUAUUGCCAAGCACCCCCUUUUUGCUCCCUUAAUACCUUUAAAGGUGGCAAAAAAAAAUCAAUCAUGUAAGUAAUAGUUUUGUAAUAUAAUUCCUCUUGAACAUCUAUGGUUCCUAUCUGUUGUGAUAUGCAUUUCUUGCAAAUCAAGUAUUUUGAUUGAACAGCUAUUUAUAGUAGGCUUUGCAUAGUGAAACUGAUUUUGUGGUAUCUCAAACUCCAAACUAUUUGAAUGGCUUUUUCAAUGUGUGAUAUAAUGUUUAAACGUGUUUCUUUUGUAGAAACACCAUUUCUAAAUGAUUCACAACUUAAGGCUGUGUCAUUGUAUCCAGAAGAUCAAACAAAGCCAUGUUUAGGGGUUGAAUUGCCAAAUUUGACUUAAAUCUCAGGGUGAUUUGUCAUGCAGUACUAUGUGGUUGCACGUCAGCGCAAUCUCCCCUUGUAGCUUCAAGCAUGUUGUGGAAAUGUGUUUUAUUGAUGGACCAAAAGCUGAGGUGAAUUAUGUUGUCACCGUUUGACCUAUGCUCUAUGAAGGUAUGUGUGUCAGGAUCUCUCAAUGACAACCCCUCCUAUAAUGAAAUGGCUUGGGCAAGAGAUUCAUUCUGUUGUACCUCGCUCAAUCAGUCCUAGUAGACAGGUUAGACACGGUGUUGCUGACUUCUAGAAAGCUUCUAGAAAGCUCUUAAACUGUCCUCAUCAACUACCUUUUGAUAAUGAUCCUUUUGUAUAAUAUGUUUUGUACACUGUCCAAGAAACUGUGUCGCUAUGCUCUUUUACUCUGUAAAUGUGUAUGUUUCUGUCCCUGUCAUAACAUUUCAAUGAAUUCAAUUGUAUUUCUUUUAUUUACUUUUCUGUAAUAUAUGUGUCACUUUUCUCAUUAUUUUUGAAUCAGAAUUGAAGAAAGCAAAGAGUGAGCAUUGUAUCUAGGGCUGGGAUGGUUGAAUCUUGUGAAGAUAUAUAUUUUGUAACUCAUUAAUUUUGUGCGUCUGUGAGGCCAAACUGCUAUCGAAGCAAAUGAUACCACAUGUAUCAUACGAUAUAAUGUCAUAAACACUAUCUUGACAUUUAAUUUUGCUUGUUUUUUUUUAAAUACCUCUAUUCUUUAUGUAUAGAGGUGAAUAUAUAAGAAUUCGCACAAUCUCAAAAGAUUAAACUCAAUCUCAUCUGUUCACUUAUUAUUUCACAUUCAUUUGAUUAUGAUUUAAUUGACUUUUAUAACUUUUUUUUCUCAAAAAGUGCUAAAUGGUUGUACAAUGUCCACUUUUUGGAGGGCAGCUUGAUAUUUCAUACUAAAAUGACUAAACAUUAAGAAAGUA